AUGGGCUCUCAACUGGCCUGUUUGGAGUCGGCAUCGAGCACCCCUGAUGCUGAGACCAUUUCGAACCUCGACACUGUCGGCAAACACACCUUGACCAAGAAUGAUUCCAGUUCCUCCUUGACGACUCUUUCGACGCAUCGGCAACUCUCCCCACCAAACAAGGGUCGUCAGAUGUCGACAGAUACGCAUGGCACGUUGGGCACGUUGUCGAAGGCACUGGCAAGACCGUCAGACUUCGCGCGGGCAUCCGUUGAGCUCAUCAUGGACUUUCCCAUGUGGCUCAUUCCGGCCAGGACACUCCUCAGUCUGAAAGGACCCCUGCUUCCUCACAGCAAGAUGAAGGAGCAGGGUCACCUAGUCCAAUGGCGGGAUGGACACCCUAGAAAGGUGGUUUUGAUCUCCCACCAGUGGGCUGGACGACGCCAUCCUGACCCCCGUGGCGAACAGAUGCGGGUAUUGCAAGGCGUCCUCAAGGACAUCGCGGCCGGUAAGCUGCGUGUUGGGAAGGACACCAUUGCGGAGUCAAGCGGCACCGAUGUCCCAAUGCCAAGCGAGGAGGAGCAGCUGAACUGCUUAGACUGGGACAUUUGGUACGACUUCUUCGGUAUACCGCAAGUGGAUGACAGAGGAUGCGUCACCAACACCCCGGAGCUUCAGGCGGCUGUGGACAGCAUCCCCGCAUACUGCAAUGCCGCGGACUUUGUCAUUGUCCUGGCGCCCACGAUCCAGCACGCAGACACCGGAGCGACCAUGAACUACAUCUCCUGGGCCACCAGGGGAUGGUGUCGCGCGGAGCGAACAGCUGCGGCGCUGUCUGCCAAGCCCAAGCCGCUGCUGGUGGUCUCUGGCCCCAGGAGGAUCUUCUCCAGCAGCAGUGCCGACUGGUUGCAGAACUGGCCGCACGAUGGGGCCUUCACGGUAGAAGAGGAUCGUGCAACGGUGUGGAGACUCACGAAGCAGCUGCUUGAGCUGAAAUGCGACAAUCUGCUUCGAUGCGGGGAGGUCAACACCUGGCGGUUCUACAAAGCCAUGAUGUCGAGGGUCCUCGGCAAGUCUGACAAGCUCGGAACAGUCAUCGACGACUCCGACAUGGAGUCCACGGAUGACUCCCUACAUUUGGAGACACCCCGGCGGCUGCAGACGGACCACUUCCAGGAGCUCAUCUUAGAACGGAUUUCAUAG